AUGGCCGCCUCGGCCUCGCCCUCGCCGGAGCAGCUCGCAUCGCCGAGUACCUCCACCGCCGAGCUCUCUGUAACCUCCUCUGUUGCCGCGGCCUCCCCUCCUCUCCACUCCUCCCCGGCACUCGUUCUACCUCAGAACGGGACAGACUCGUCCCUACGAACUCAACGGUGGCCUCGCCUUAGCCGGAGCCCUCCCGUGGCCGCGGGCCUCCCUCAACGGCCGCCGCGCCUUGGCUCUCUGCCUUCGCCGUGCGCCGCCAUCCCGUCCCUCCCCGGGGCCGGCCGACCCCCUGGACGGACGCGCCACGCCGGGCCUCGUCCGCUGGUGCCCGCGCCCUGGCCGGAGCUGGCCUGGACGGCCGCCCCAGCAACGGCAGCGCCCUGUCCUCCUCCUCUGCUUCCUGUCGUGGCCAGGCACGGGAGGAAGAAGAAGACAGGGGGAGGAGAGAGAAGGAUAAGGUGGGCCACGCGUGUCAUCCUCUGCCCGUUGACCCGCCACUGCCACGUCACGGACCCGUUGGUGAUAAAUGUUUCACAGAUUGGUCCCUGUUCUUCCAACCUUCACAACUUUUCAACCGUAACUCUGAUUGAGCCCCUCCGAGAACGUACCGUCCGACGGUUCGUUCCGCAGCUUCACCGCACUUCUUCCUGGAGUCUUCGUCACCCCAAGAAAGCCACAAUACCCACUUGCAUGAUAGUCAUGCAGUAGCCAUGGUUUUCAACUUGAAUAUUUAUUAAAUGUUUGCUUGCUUAAACUAUGGUUAUAGUUGUUUCGGUAAUGCUUAUGGGUUCAUGCUUACUUUCUUGCUAUGUUGUUAUGAACCCGGUUGGCAUGCCCUACUAGUUGCUAGUAUUCUUUUCAUAUGCUUAUGCUUGCUAGUAGUAUAUGUUGAUGUUGGUAAUGGUCUUCGAUGCAUGACUGUCGUCUGCCCCGAGUACUGUUGUUAUGCAUGUUCCAUUGCAUCCAGUUGGUUAAAUGCU